GGUUUUCGCCAGGUUUCCCAGAGGACCAUAAGCACUGCUUCACGCAGGCAGUUUGAAAAUAGAGUUGCUGAGAAGCAGAAGCUUUUUCAGGAGGAUAAUGGCAUCCCAGUGCAUCUUAAAGGUGGUAUAAUGGAUGCUCUAUUGUAUAGAGUCACCAUGGGUCUUACGGUUUUUGGAACAGCCUAUGUUGUUUACGAGCUGUUUGUUGCUUCAAUGCCCAAGAAGCAGAAAUGAUUCCAGUUCAGGAUGCCUCAGUGACUAGCAUCUCUUCGUCCAAUUCCAUGUGACCAUGAUGGCAGCUUAUACUUAUUGUAAGCAGCUGGCUUAAUGCUUGGAAUCAUAAUUUAGUUGUAACAUGUUAACUGCACCUAAUAAAGCAGUUUUUACGUUGUGUU